AUGGCUGUUCUACCAGGACCAUUGGAGCCUGGCUCUUGUCACGAUGUAUCUAUAUCUCUGAUUACUGAGGAUCCACCAUCAAUCAAAGAGGAUGAGUUUCUUACAGGUCAUGGCAUAGAGAUCGAUAUCCCUCCUCAGUGGUACUACAACAAAUACCGACGCAUAACUCUAUGUCUCCCCCAUGCGGCAGCACUCGGGAAGUCAAAUAGACAGUCUACUGACGUCAUUUGGAAACAUAAAGAAUUGACUUCAGCUCAUCGCCUCAAAGCAUAUGUCAAUGAAGACGAAAUGCAAUCUACAAUAGAAGAGAAACAUGUCGAGGUCACCAUCUAUGCUGAUUUUGUGAUUAAUGGCAAGAUACAACUUUGGGUACCAUUCGAUAUUCACCGUCACGCCACGGGGAAAUUGAUGGCUUGCACCCCUUUCCUUCCCGUUGAUAUGGUACAGGGCAAUGAUGUAACACUACGGAUGUACAUACACGAGGACAUACCUUACAUUGCUGAGAAAAUCAAGGAAGAAGAGGGACAUCUGUUAAACCGUCAGGUACAUCCUAAAAGAUGUUUUGCCCUUGAACCUGAAUCAAGCGACCUACAGAUAGAAUGCAAUGGAAGAAAGAUGAUCAUCUCUGCCAAUGAGCUAUUCAACCGACAGGAGACUCUAGUAUCGAUACCCGUUAAGACUGGCCCCAAUACCAGAACGCAAAUGAUUAACAUCUCAAUGUCAACAAAAGAAAAUAAAGAUCCGAUGACGAGCAUGGCGUUUAUGGCUAUACGAGCAGAUUUCUCUACUGACAGGCAAUCAACACUUGAUGAGAUAAUCAGCGCUACAGAUUCUGAGAGCCGAGAAAAGGACUCCGGGGUUGAGGAUGCCAUCGCGGAGGAUAUGAACACAGAUAAGUACUACCAUCUAGGAAUAGCACUUGGUCUGUCCUACGAAACACUUGACAGCAUCCAAGCAAGUAUUAGAGGACAAAAACUAGAAGCUGGGGCUUACACUUCAAAUCAACGAGCUGCUAUUAUCAUGAUCCGCUACUGGAAACACUUACAGUAUCCUGACUCCCAAGCAGAUCAUCAUCUGAGAGAGGUGUGGUCAUCUGUGACCAAUUCAACAAAGUCAAUCCCUCCUGUUGAGCAAGCUAACAGCUUAGACGGGAAAGUUGGUUCUACUUUGGAAGAAAGCUUUGGAGACAAGCUAUCUUACGCACGAUCAAUACCUGUUCCGAAAGAAAGUUUCUAUGGGAUAGAGAUCCCUGGUAACCUGAGCAUCCUUGAAGCAAGAGGUCCUUGGGAGGAAAGAUUUCAGUUUCGGCGAAGUAGAACUCCCAGUAUCAGAAGCGACUCUUUGAGCAGUAUCAGCACGUUGCAAGAGGACCAAGAAGAGGGCUUUCUACGAACUCGUAAGUUUGUUUGUCUCAUACUGUAG